UUGUUUUUUUUUUAAGGUUAUUAGCAUCUAAACUGAGAACUUGUUUAUAAGUCAUUCGUUAUACUUAAUCUAUACUACUGUUUAAAGAUUUAUAACAUAAAACUUAAAUUAAAAAAAAUUGCAAUGGUUUUAAAAAGAGGAGCAUUAAUCGUUAUUGAAGGUGUUGAUAGAACCGGUAAAACUACACAGUGUAAGAAACUAGUUGAAUGUCUGAGAAAUAAAAAAAUACAAGCAGAAUACACAAACUUUCCGGAUCGAUCCACUGAAAUUGGAAAAGUUAUUAACAGUUACUUAAAAUCAAAGAAAGAGUUGUCGGAUGAAACAAUUCAUCUUUUAUUUUCUGCAAACAGAUGGGAAAAAGCAAAUAGCAUUAUAAAGACCUUAGAAGAUGGUAUCACUUUAAUAGUUGACAGAUAUUGUUAUUCAGGUGUUGCAUUCUCUGCUGCUAAAGACUUAAAUGUUAAUUGGUGCAAAAUACCAGAUUCAGGAUUACCAAAACCAGACCAUGUAUUUUUUCUUAACAUGUCAUUAGAGAAUGUGCAGCAAAGAAAUGGCUUUGGCAAUGAGAGAUAUGAAGUAUUAGAUUUCCAGAAAAAAGUAGCAAAUGUAUAUAUGCAACUAAAAGAAGAAAAUUGGGAGGUUUUGGACGCUAGCAGGUCCAUGGAAAUUAUCCAAGAGGAACUAUUUCAAAGGACAUUAGCCAUUAUUGACAGUGUAGGUGAUAAACCAAUUGGAAAAAUAUGGGUAUAAAUAAACUAAUUGUUAAUUAAAUAAGGUUAUGUAAUAGUUAAAUGUGAU